AUUUUCAAUUUAAAUUAUUAUUAAUUGUUAUCAUCAGAAUGUCAUCAUUAUUGAUAAAAUCAUCAUCAUCAAAUAUUCAUCAUCGUUUAUCAUCAAGCCGAUUACAAUCUGAAAAAAGGCAACAGCAACAAAAACAACAACAAUUUGGCUUAGAUAAAAAUGCUUCCGAUUUUAAAUUGAAAAAAAUUAUUGAAAAAGAUGAUGAUAAUAAUAAUAUUGUAUUGUAUCCAUCAUUAUCAUCAUUACCAUUAACAUCAUCAACAACAACAUCGACAUCAACAUCAACAUUAACGCCAUUAUUGUCAACAUUUUCUUCGGCAAAUAAUAUCGCUUCCCAUCGUAAUUCAUUAAUAUCAUUAACAAAAAUGAUAACAACAAUAAUGGCUGUUUGUAUAUUGGUUAUGACCAUUGAACAACCAAUACAAUGUGUAUCAAUUUCAUCAUUGAAAUUGCCAAUAUCAUCAUCAUCAUCAUCAUCAUCGACAACUGAUUCUGGUGCUAAUGAUGGCAAUUCAAUAUUGACCAAACGUAGUAUUCCGUUCAAUGGUAAUUUUGAUAAUCAACAACAACAACAACAAUCGGAUUGGACGCAUCCAUUGGCCAUAAGUCAAAGACCAUUAGAAGCAUGUCAACAGAUUAUAUCGGCCAUAUUGACACGUGAUCUUGCCAAAUCAUCUUCAAUAGCUGAACGUUUAGAUUCCUAUUGGAAAGAUCUUAAAGGAAUACGUUAUAAAAAACAUAAUGGUAAAAUUGUUCAAAUUAAAAGCCGAAAACAUCGUAAUUCAGCCAAUUCUCGUAAAGAUAGCCGUGUAAAUAAACGUAUGAUAUUGUUUUUGUUGAAUCUAUCUAUUGCUAAACCAUUAUUGGAAAAAAUACAAUCAAAAGAACAAUUAAAACGUUUGGAAGAUGCAUUAAAAAUGUCCGAACAUAUUCAGGAAAAGAAACAAGACAAAAGUGAAUUAAAAUCAAUGCCUACAUCAUCAUCAUCAUCAUCAUAUGAAUAUCAUGAUAAUUUACAUCCAUCAUCUUUAACGCCUUUUGAUGUUGAUAGCCUUAAAUCAUUUGAAAUUGAUUCAAAUGAAAACAUAGAUGUUUCACAACAAUCACCAAUAUCAAUGGAAAUGAAUCGAAAUAGUGAUGAAGAUUCAUCAUCAUUGUAUGAUACAAAUGGAGAAAAUUUUUAUACACUUUCGCCACAAUCAUUUCCAUCAAGUAAAACCUCGAUGAUGACAUCGGCAACGAUGAAAAUAACCACACCGGUUUCAACAAAAACUAAUCGACAUCCGCAUCAUCAACAUCAACAUCAUCAUCUUCAUCAUCAUCAGGAUGAUACAGCAACAACAACUGGUAUAGAUGAAACGGCCAGUCAAUCAUCACGGUUACUUGAAACCGAUCGUCCAAUGUUAGAAACACCACGUUCAAAAAAAUUAUUAUCACAAACAAUGAUAUUACGGGCAAAUCCAUGGGAUAAAGAAGGUAUACGUUUCAAACGUAGUAGUCAAACUACUGAACAAAAUGAUAAUUUUUUUCAACCACAUUUUGAUCAACAAAACGAAAAUACUAAUACAGAACCAAAUCUAUCUAUAUUAGAUUUAUUACAUCCAACCGGAAUUCGUUACAAAAAAUCACCAUUCGAUGAUGAAGGCAUUCGUUAUAAAAAAUCACCAUUCGAUGAUGAAGGUAUCCGUUAUAAAAAAUCUCCAUUCGAUGAUGAAGGAAUUCGUUACAAAAAAUCACCAUUCGAUGAUGAAGGUAUCCGUUACAAAAAAUCACCGUUCGAUGAUGAAGGUAUCCGCUAUAAAAAAGCACCGCAUAUGUUUAAUGAUGAAGGUAUUCGUUAUUAAACAUAAAUUCUGCAAAAUAUCCCCGAUCAACUACCAACAGUAAUUAUUGAUUAACAAACAUUUAAAAAAAACAACUAACAACCAAAUAAUACAAAUUACAUUGAAUCAGAUCAAAUAAAAAACUUUAUAAAAACAUUAU